CUCACGGUCUCACCGAGGAACGUGAAUCUCGUCUCUUGGUUUCUUUGUCUAGUAAACUCAUAUGUUGGUUCGACUGCCAAUUCUAACAUACCGGGUUUGAGAAUUUGUCGGGUUUUGUUUUGGACCACUCAGCUCUUAUCUUCUUUAGGAACAUCAACUUCUGAGUUACGUGACUUCAUUGGAUACGUUUUGUUGUUUGAAAAGAGGAAUUCGAAUAGUUGAAACUGCUUGUCCGAAAUCCAGAAAGAAAGAAAAAGGUUCAACAAUGACAGAGGAAACACCAAGAUAUGCUGUAGUUACUGGAGCAAACAAGGGAAUUGGCUUCGAGAUUUGCAGACAAUUAGCAAACAAUGGAAUUAGAGUUGUUUUGACCUCUAGAGAUGAGAAGAGAGGACUUGAAGCUGUUGAGACUUUGAGACGAGAGACUGAAGUUUCUGAGCAAACCCUUGUCUUUCAUCAGCUUGAUGUCACCGAUCCUGCUAGUAUCACAUCUCUCGCCCAGUUUGUUAAAGCCCAAUUUGGAAAACUCGAUAUCUUGAUCAAUAACGCAGGGGUGAGUGGUGUGAUCAUUGAUAUUGAUGCUAUGAGAGCUGGAAAAGAGAAACAGGUAGAUUUCAAUUGGGAGGAAAAUAUCCCAGAGAAUGAUUAUGACCUAGCUAAAGAAUGCUUGAAUAUAAAUUAUUAUGGACCAAAGAGAAUGUGUGAGGCACUUAUUCCCCUUUUGGAGUUAUCUGAUUCUCCUAGAAUCAUCAAUGUAUCAUCCUUCAUGGGUCAGCUAAAGAAUCUACUAAACGAAUGGGCUAAAGGGAUUUUGAGCGACGCGGAGAAUCUAACAGAGGAAAGAAUCGACGAAGUUAUUGACAAACUUCUCAACGAAUUCAAAGAUGGUGUGAUUAAGACAAAAGACUGGAGUAAAGUUAUGGCAGCUUACGUGGUUUCCAAGGCAAGUUUAAAUGGUUACACGAGGAUACUAGCCAAGAAACAUCCCGAGAUUCGAGUGAACUCGGUUUGUCCUGGAGUUGUUAGGACGGAUAUGACUUUCAAUAUUGGAGAUUUUUCUGUGGAAGAAGGAGCAUCAUGUCCCGUGAGGUUGGCUUUGCUUCCAUAUCAAGAAACCCCUUCUGGCUGUUUCUUCAACCGCAAGCAACUUUCAGAGUUCUGAAUUUCUUGUAUGAUAACUGAUAAGUUAUUUAUAAAGUCCAAAAAAUAACUAAUGUAAUGGGAGAUUAUGAUCAGAUUGUUCGAGAUGUUCGUGUUUUGAAUAAAUACUUUACAAUUAUAAAAUUAUAUGCAGUAUAUGAUUAUACA